CCCGGCCCCUGCAUCACUAACUGCCUCUUGAGCCCCAGGCUGGAAAGGAGAAGCGGGGCGGGGUAGACACAGGCCGCGGCCCGCUGGGAAUGUGGGAGCUGGAGCCGGAGCAACGAGGAACAGAGACCUGGACGCGAGCAUUUGGUCAGCAGUUGAUGCCACCUCAAAGAAAGAAUCCCAACUCCAUAGCCUGAGCUUCAAGAACUUUUCUACCCAUCUUAAACAUGGCUGGUGGAAUCACAGAAACUGGGGACCUUUAUUCUCCCUAUGUUGGACUGGUGUACAUGUUCAACCUGAUUGUGGGCACUGGUGCCCUCACUAUGCCCAAGGCUUUUGCCACUGCUGGUUGGCUUGUUAGCCUAGUUCUUCUCCUCUUCCUAGGCUUUAUGAGCUACAUGACCACAACUUUUGUAAUGGAAUCCAUGGCAGCAGCCAAUGCUCAGCUCCGUUGGAAGAGGAUGGAAAGCCAUAAGGAGGAAGAUGAUGAUGACUCGUCUUCAGCUUCUGAUAAUGAUGUUCUUAUCCAGGAAAACUAUGAUCGAUCAGAGAAACAGCCCAUCUUGUCUGUGCAAAGACAUGGAUCUCCUAACAUUUUUGAAAUCGCAGAUCGUGUGGAGAUGGGACAGAUGGCCUCUAUGUUCUUCAAUAAAGUGGGAGUCAAUUUGUUCUAUUUUUGUAUCAUUAUCUACCUUUAUGGGGACCUAGCUAUCUAUGCUGCAGCUGUGCCCUUAUCACUUAUGCAGGUGACCUGCAGUGCCACUGGCAAUCACUCCUGUGAUGUGGGAGCCAGCACCAAGUACAAUGAUACAGACAUAUGUUGGGGCCCCAUCAGACGUAUUGACGCCUACCGCAUCUACUUGGCUGUGUUCACACUACUCCUUGGACCUUUCACUUUCUUUGAUGUCCAGAAGACCAAGUACCUCCAGAUCUUGACAUCUCUGAUGAGAUGGAUUGCCUUUGCCAUCAUGAUCAUCCUGGCAUUGAUCCGUAUUGGACAUGGGCAAGGAGAAGGGCAUCCGCCCAUAGCAGACUUCUCUGGGAUCCGAAACCUGUUUGGAGUGUGCGUCUACUCCUUCAUGUGCCAGCAUUCCUUGCCGUCCCUCAUCACGCCCAUUUCCUCCAAGAAGCACAUCACCCAGCUGGUGCUGCUUGAUUACGUGCUGAUCCUGGCAUUCUACAGCCUCCUCUCCUUCACUGCCAUCUUCUGCUUCCACAGUGACAGCCUCAUGGACAUGUACACGCUCAACUUCACUGGUUGCGAUAUAGUGCGCCUGGUCGUAAUCCGCUUUUUCCUGGGUCUCUUCCCUGUCUUCACCAUUAGCACCAAUUUCCCCAUCAUUGCCGUGACUCUGCGCAACAAUUGGAAGACGCUCUUCCACCGGGAGGGAGAGAUGUACCCGUGGGUGGUGGACCGAGUCGUGUUCCCUGUCAUCACUCUGGUCCCUCCCAUCCUUGUGGCCUUCUGUACCCAUGACUUGGAGUCCCUGGUGGGGAUCACAGGAGCCUACGCUGGCAACGGAAUCCAGUAUGUCAUCCCUGCCUUCCUGGUAUACUGCAGCCGAAAAGACACGAAGCUUGUCUUUGGCUAUGGUACUGUCAACAAGCACCAGUCCCCUUUCCGUAGUACCUUCUGGGUGGGCUUUGUACUGGUCUGGGCUUUCUCCUGCUUCCUUUUUGUUACAGCCAACAUCAUCCUCAGUGAGACGAAGCUUUAACUGUGGGAACAUUUCCUACACCUGGAUUCUUUUUGCAGAAUUGCAGGCCUUCCUCCGUCCUCCACCUUUAUGCCCACUGUCCUUCCACUCCAGGGAAGACACUGGCAUUGCUGGUAAUCAAGUCUGAAGACUUUUACAAGGCCCAUUAUUUCUCUCUGCUCCCAAGACCCACCAGAGAUGGGCUGCUCUGUCCCCUGCAUGGUACCCUGGGUGGAAUUUAGAAGCAGUGCUGGCAUUGCGACACCUUAUUUAUAACCCCCCACCCUAGGCUGUGGGAUGACCUAGGUCUUUGUUUCAGGAGAUCUGUUACAGAGGCUAGCAUUCAGCCCUCACCCCCACUUCUCCCCUCACCCAGAGCAUGGCUUGCUUCCUGGGCUGCUAAGAAGCCUAUAAUAGAGUGAAAGCACAUGUCACUUUUGCCUUAGCACAAUGGAAAGCAAGCAGGGCCUGAAGCUAUGAGGACACAGGAGGGAUUAUUAGCCACAGAGUCCUGGGAGCAGAGUUGUGGAGGCCUUUGCUGUGGGUGCUGAGUAGAGACUACUCAGCACUAAAUUACUGACCUAGCUCUAGAAUCGGGGCUCUUGCCCUGCCUGGGGCCUUCGUAUUCCCUGGGAGGGAAAAUAAAAGGGCCCUUUCAUCUUUUCCACAUCCCAUAGGAUUAAAAUGCUCUAUUAAGUCCUUAGGGACCAUGAGAAAAAAGGCAAGAAAGAAAUAAUCUCUGAAUCACCAGUUUGGAGAAAUGCUGAAUAAAGAAGAUGCCGUACUCCCUUGCUGGUCCAGGAUGUUCUGGUGGCAACCUCUUGCCAGUGCCCCAAGCUUGCCUUUCUGAAGCAAGCUAAGGAUGGCAUUGGAGGAAGCAGUAAGUCGGGACUGUCUGAGGGAUGCUCAUCUCAGACAUAGUUGGUGCCUUUGGUCAGCCUUGGGGGGGGAGGGGGGUGACCCUUGACAUAUCUGGCAGCUGAAAUCACAGCUCCCAGGAAGGUAGUAGUAGUCCUGUGAGAAGUGGAGACUGAUUUGAUUCACAGCAGAGAGGAGUGAGAGGCAGCCAAACAGCCACCUGAUGCAUCUUUUAUCAUCUCAGUAACACCAGAAUAACUGCACCAGGGAUAAGGAGGGAGCUACAUAUGCUCUUCACUGGCCCACCUUUCCCAUAGACACAGGCAUUCUGUAUCAUGUACCAUUCCUUUAUUGGGGGCCAGACUAUUCUGAAAAGAAGCCUCACCAGGCCAUGCAGCCAGCCCCUUUCCCACCACUCUUCACUCUCCACUUCAUUCACUGUAUUCCCAACUGCUGCCACCCAGUCAUCUUCACAUGGACUAUAAUGAACUUUGCAGUCAAACGUGCCUUCUCCAGCAUCAGGGCCUGGGUCCCUCCUGCUGAGGUACAGGAGGGCCCAGAUUAUUCUCAAACUACCCCGUGUUCUCUAUACCCCUGGAGUCUAGGGCUGAGAACAGUCAUAUGUAGAAUGUAGGGUUCUCUUGGGAGGGGGAAGCUUCUCUCUAAGGUUGGUCCUGACCCCCUCCCUGCAACACGCCUAAUUUCAGUGCCUUGCUCAGCACCUUUUUAUUUCUCCUCACGUGUACCCCACACAUUUCCCUGUCAGGAAGAAAACCCAAUCCUCAAGGGGGAUAGAUGACCUAAAAAAGACUCCUGCCAGCAGACUGGGGGGGGGGGGGGGGAAUAGGGUGAGGAAAGGAGAAUUGCCUUAACCAUGAAGAAUGGGUUGAUGGAAGUAGACAUACCCCUGCUCCUAGGUCCCCUGCUGCCUGAGCCUAGUGGGGUUCCUUUGAGAAUUAGAUUGUCUUAAUUAGACGUUAUCAUCUUCCAAUCCAUCAUGUCAUGUUUUGUCUUGCAACUCAUCACCACAUGUAAUUAUUUUCCAGCCAAAUGAAAAAUAAAUGCCCCUUCCCCA